AUGCCGGAGACACCACACCAUGACACCACCGUAGUCCGGCUGGGCCGGCGGUCCCUGGACCGUAUUCGUUCGUACGGGCUUUGUCAUGGCGGCGUCCCGCUCGCCCAAGGUCGUGAGACAGGCCGCCGCCGCGACCUGCGUCGUGGACGACAACACCACGUUCGUGCAGGCCGACCCGGCCACGUUCCGCGCGCUCGUGCAGAAGCUCACGGGCGCGGCGCCAGCAUCAGCAGGCGGGACGACAGCGGCGGCGGAGAAGCUGCCGCCGAAGCCGCAGGAGGACGAGGCGGCGGCGGUGACCAUCGAGCACGCGCCACCGCCGAGGCGGCCGAAGCUGCAGGAGAGACGGCGCGCGGCGCCGGCCAGGCUGGAGCUGGCGCGGCCGCAGCUGCCAUCGUCGCCGUCGUCGUCGUCGUUCUACUACUACCACCACGCUCACGCUCCCGCCCACGGCGCCCACGCUCACCACGGCCACUGCACCCACGGGCUCAUGCACUCGCCGGUCUCGCCCAUGGACGCGUACGUGGUGCUGGCAGCGGCGUCCGCGUCGCCGUCGCUGUCGUCGUCCUCGUCCAUGACGCCGUCGCCGCACUCGUCGUCGCCGUCGUGCGGCGGGGCGGCGGGGUGAUGAUAAGCCGGGAGGAGGAGGAGCGGGAGGAGAAGGCCAUCGCGUCCAAGGGCUUCUACCUGCACGCGUCGCCCCGGGGCGACGGCGACCGACCCAAGCUGCUGCCGCUGUUCCCCGUUCACUCACCCAGGAUCAAUGAACUCCGGCGAGGCUAG